UUCACGUUUUCAAAACGCGAAGAAGAAAAAAAAAAGCCGCUACCUGCCUGAAGCUGCUUCAUUCACUGACUGCCAACUAAGCUUCGCUUUCAUUGACUUUAAGAAGAGGGGUUAUGGUGUUUUCUACGACGAGUAAAUAAUAAAGGAAGCCCGACGGCAUCAUGGAGUUCUCCGCAGAAGACGGAGACACACACAAUGUCAUCGACAUGACCACGAGUGAAAAGGUCGUGGAUCUUUUGAACCAGGCUGCCUUGAUUCCCACAGAUGCAAAGCUGGCUGUGCUCAAACAGGUCCAGGAGCUAAUCAUCAACAAAGAUCCAUCUCUCCUUGACAAUUUCCUGGACGAGAUGAUUGCCUUUCAGACGGACAAAUCCAUCGAAGUACGAAAGUUUGUCAUCGGCUUUAUCGAGGAAGCAUGUAAACGAGACAAUGAGCUGCUCCUCAGGCUAAUCGCAAACUUGAACAUGCUGCUCAAGGAUGACAGCGUUAACGUGGUGAAGAAAGCCAUUCUCACACUCACGCAGAUGUACAAGGUUACGCUACAGUGGCUGGUGCGAGCCAAAGCCGUGUCGGAUAUGCAGGAGGCCUGCUGGGAGAUGGUGACGCAGAUGAAGGGCGACGUCCUGGCACUGCUGGACUCGGAGAACGACGGCGUGCGCACUCACGCCAUCAAAUUCACCGAGUCGCUCAUCGUCACCCUGUCGCCUCGCGUGGUCGACUCGGAUGUGCCCAAGCGCCAGGAGAGCGACAUCACUUUGGACAAAGUACCCAAGGACCACACGUACAUCCGCUACGAUGUUUUGUGUGAGGAGGGAAAAUCGGCUCUGGACAAGCUGCUGAAGUUCAUGGUGCAUCCCGCCAUUUCCAGCAUUAACCUGACCACUGCGCUGGGCUCCCUAGCCACCAUCGCCCGCCAGAGGCCCAUGUUUAUGUCCAAGGUGGUUCAAGCGUACGAGACCUUACACGCUAAUCUUCCGCCCACCCUGGCCAAGUCGCAGGUGAGCAGCGUGCGAAAGAACCUCAAGCUGCACCUGGUGGCUGUGCUCAAGCAUCCGUCCAGUCUGGAGUUCCAAGGCCAGAUCAGCACGUUGCUGCUGGACCUUGGCAUGCCCCAGAGCGAGAUCACGCGCUCCACGCCGCCGCCGAGGGAGCAUCGCAAGAGGCCGCGGCACGAGCAGUACACGGAGGGGAAGAAGGUCAAGUUGGAGCAAACCCUGAUGGAAGACGACGAGGACAAGGAGGAGCCGGCUCCUCUCUCAGCCCCCAAGCCCGCUCCGGUUCCAGUGGCGCAGUCCGCCAUUGACCUGACCGCCGACUUCCUGCGCCCGCUCCUCAACGCCGACAACGUCGCCAAUCUGGUGCUGAUCAGUAUGGUGUAUCUGCCCGACACCAUGCCGGCAUCCUUCCAAGCCACGUACACGCCCGUGGAGUCGGCUGGCACCGACGCCCAAAUCAAGCAUUUGGCCCGGCUGAUGGCCACACAGAUGACUGCGGCUGGGAUCGGGCCAGGCCUAGAGGAGUGCAAAGCCAGAGAGAACGAGGCGAGCAAAGAGGGCGCCAACGAAGAUGACAUGGGCAGCAGUGACUCUCUCAUCAAGCGCAAAGUGAUGGUGGGCCAGGCCAUCUCCGUGGUGGGCGGCUACUCGGAAAAAGAAAAGGCUCCCAACCUCGCCGCUGUCAAGAGGCUUCCCGAGCCCAUCCUGCCGUCGGCGCAAACCAAAUUGGCGGGGCUGACCGGCAGGAAGAAAGUCUUCAGGCUGGCGGAUGUGAUCCAGCCUUUAUCCGAGACGCAGAUUGAACGCUUAACGUCCAAGACCAUCAAGCGCAUCCUUCAUUCUGAAAAGACCAUCACUCAAAGUGGAAUGUCCCAUGUCCGAGUGAAGCUCCUCUCCAAGCUGGUGACGCAGUUUGAGGGCAUCAUGAAAGAGGACGUGCUGCACUUCAUUUUGGAGGACAUCCGCAGCCGCAGCGAGCUGGCCUUUUCGCUGCUCUAUCAAGAGUACAACACCUACCUGAGCCAGCUGCCCUCGGGGCUGCUGGACAGCUACGACCAGUGUCUGUACACGCUGCUCUCCGGACUGCAGGAGAAGCCCGAGCAGAAGGACGGGCUGUUCACCAAACUGGUACUGGAGGCUCCCAUCAUCACAGAGUCGGCGCUGGAAGUAAUCCGGCGUUACUGUGAGGACGAGUCGCGGGUGUAUUUAGGCAUGACGACGCUGAAGGAACUCAUCGUCAAGCGGCCUUCCAGGCAGUUCCAGUACCUUCACGUGCUCCUGGAUCUCAGCUCGCAUGAAAAAGAGAAGGUGCGGUCCACCGCCCUGGCCUUUCUGAAGCGCAUGUACGAGAAAGACCACCUCCGGGACUACAUUGAGAAGUUUGCCCUGAACUACAUGCAACUCCUGGUCCACCCCAACCCCCCGUCGCUGCUCUUUGGGGCCGACAAAGACACAGAGGUGGCGUCCCCCUGGACCGAAGAGACGGUCCGCCAGUGUCUCUUCCUCUACUUGUCUCUGCUGCCGUUGAACCACAAGCUGGUGCACGAGCUGGCGUCCGUCUACACGGAGGCCAUCGCCGACAUCAAGCGCAGCGUGCUUCGAGCCAUCGAGCUCCCCAUCCGCGGAAUGGGCAUGAACUCUCCCGAGCUUCUGCUUCUGGUGGAAAACUGCCCCAAGGGCGCGGAGACGCUCGUUACCCGCUGCCUGCACAUUUUGACGGACAAAGUGCCUCCGUCUCCGGAGCUGGUGGAGCGGGUGCGGGACCUUUACCAUAAGCGUGUGCCGGAUGUUCGCUUCCUCCGUGUGUGUGUGUGUGUGUGUGGUCCUUCAGGUGAGGGAAGCUCAUCGGUGUCCCCUCUGACGCCAGGAGACCUGCUGAUCGCCUUGCACAAUAUUGACUCCAUCAAAUGCGACAUGAAGUCCAUCAUAAAAGCAACCAACCUGUGCUUCGGUGAGAAGAACGUUUACACGUCGGAGGUUCUGGCGGUGGUGAUGCAGCAGCUGAUGGAGCAGAGCCCUCUGCCCAUCCUGCUGAUGAGGACCGUCAUCCAGUCGCUCACCAUGUACCCGCGACUCUGCGGCUUCGUCAUGAACAUCCUGGCCAGGCUCAUCGUCAAGCAGGUGUGGAAGUACCCCAAGGUGUGGGAGGGCUUCGUCAAAUGCUGCCAGAGAACCAAACCUCAGUCCUACAGCGUCCUCCUGCAGCUGCCUCACACGCAGCUCGCCAGCGUCUUUGAACGCUGCCCCGAGAUGAGGGAACCCCUGCUGCACCACGUUCGAUCCUUCACGCCGCACCAGCAAGCUCACAUCCCAGCCUCCGUCAUGGCGGUCCUGGAAGCCAGCAAAAAAGCCGAAGCCAAGCCAGCGGAGCCCGUGAAGAAGGACGCGCCCCAUGCGGAGAGAGCUCCCCUUUUGGCGGCCGCCGAACAAGCGCAAGCCCAAGCCCGGCAGCAGGAAACACGCACCGUCGCGACUCAUUUGGUGGAGGAGCGGGAGGUGGCGGCGGUGGAGGAGGAGGAAGAAGCGGAGGAGGAGGAGCAGCAGCAGGAGGAGGAGCAGGAGCAACCCAUGGAGCAGGAGCAAGCAGAUCUCGUGAGAUGUGAGGAGACCGUCAAAGUCCCCUUGGAGGUGGAGAUGGCGAGAGGUGAUGAAACACCCGAACCCGAAGGGGAACCGGAGCCUAAAGCAGAACCCAAACCUGACCCUGUACCUGUACCUGAAUCGGAACUUGAACAGCAAGCUGAACCUGAGCCCGACGUUCAGCCGCAUCCUGAACCACAAGCCAGCCCCAAGCCAGAAGCUGAACCCGCCGAGGAGCCGAUGGAGACCUCUGAAGCGCCACCGUCAGACUCCCAGGAGACACCGAAAGAGGAUGAGGACCAAGACCCCGUUCAGGACAUUGGGAGCGGCUGUGAAGGAGCGGAAUGAAGCGCACAACUUUUCUCCUAAAUGUUUGCGGGUCGUACCGCUCCUUCUCUUCCUUUUUGUAUUUGCUGAACAUUGAGGAACGUUUCCACGCAUUGCCCACAGCACUCGACAAUAAAUGAACAAAACAAGACA